AUGGUAAUCUAUGUAGGAAAAGACCAAAACUUUUGGGAAGAGUUAAAAUACUGUAAAAAGAGGAUCGCUGAGGUUUUCUCUGAGGACGGAGAAGGAAACAUGACACUGGACAACUUCUUGGACAUGUUUUCGGUUCUGAGCGAGAUGGCGCCGCGCGACCUCAAGGCCUACUACGCUUUCAAAAUUUAUGAUUUCAACAAUGACGACUUUAUCUGCAAGGCGGACCUGGAGAAGACUCUAAACAAGCUGACCCGCAACGAGCUGACCGAGGACGAGGUGAGGAUGGUGUGUGAGAAGGUGAUCAACGAGACCGACCUGGACAACGAUGGACGUCUGUCACUGGAGGACUUCCAGCACAUGAUUGUUCGAGCUCCAGACUUCCUCAGCACCUUCCACAUAAGGAUAUAAAGAAGUGAAGCAUGUUCAUUUCUUAAUUAAAACAUCACAGAAUGUCUGGAAAGUGGAGGAAAUCAUGACAU